UUCGUUGAUUGUGACUGACUAUUCUUCUUCUUCUUCUUCUUCUUAUAUCUCUCAAACCCCAUUUACAGAGACUCAAAAAUGGCGACAUUAGGAGGAAUUCGUGAAGCUGGAGGAUCCGAAAAUAGCGUUGAGAUCAACGAUCUUGCUCGUUUUGCUGUUGAUGAACACAAUAAGAAACAGAAUGCUCUUUUGGAGUUUGGAAAGGUUGUGAAUGUGAAGGAACAAGUGGUUGCUGGAACCAUGUACUACAUAACACUGGAGGCGACUGAAGGUGGUAAGAAGAAAGCAUAUGAAGCCAAGGUCUGGGUGAAGCAAUGGCAGAACUUCAAGCAAGUUGAAGACUUCAAGCUUAUUGGGGAUGCUGCUAGUGCUUAACAAGCGCUGAAUGAUGUAUGACUCUUAUGUCUAUGAAAAUAAAGCUAACAUAUUUUAGCAUGUUCGUAUUUGAAUAUCAUAAAGUAAGUUCAUAACUCUAUCGUGGAUCUAAAUUACGGGUAACUAUAGCUUUAUAAUGUUCCUUUUUCGUUCUAUGCUCUAUCUUCUAUAUGAUGUUUUGCUUUUCUGUUGCUAA